AUGGAUUCAGGCGCUCGACCAGCCUGCUGUCAAUCGAGCACUGACGGCGCUGAGGACCAUCGCGUUAGGGCCGACGAGCAGCCUGCCCCAGAACAGACCCUAGGACCCCCAGAGGAUUCAGAAGAGAAGGAAAAUGGUACACCUUUACCGGUGAAGCCACCAUCAGUGAUGGCGGCAGUUCGAAUGCUGGGCCUUCCCAGCCAUCAGAAGGUCACGAACAGGAAAGUGCUUCCAAAGUUGUACCGGACAGCGAUUUGGCUUCCUCAUAAGAUGUCUCAGCCGGGUGAAGAAAGACGAGUUAAAUCUCAAUGGAUUGUAAUAUACCAACGAGUUACAGCAGAAUACGACGACCAGUUCCUCGACCGAUACCACAGCGACAUGAGCGAUAUCUUGCUCACCUCUGGUCUUUUGUCCGCUGCCAGCAUGUCUUUCAUUGUCGUCAUGGAGUCCAAUCUCAGUCCCGACACCAGCGACACCACGAAUGGCCUUCUCGCGCAACUCGUGCAGAUCAGACUCGGCAACCUCACUGCAGCGGGCUCCAUCCACGCAGACCCAGCGUCUACGUGGUUGCCGACUGUGCUGGCUAUGAGGAUCCAAAUGGGUCGCAUACGCAAGCUUUUCCAUGAGCUUCAGCAUUCGGGGUCAUACUAG